AUGGGGGCCCGGGAGCACCUAACGCCCCCGCUGAGUCCCAUGGCGGUCGCAUAUCCGGGGCACUUCGUCCCUGAAGAUGAGAUUUGUGAAUUACCGCAGCCUUGUGACCCCAUCUCAAGGCUUAGUGAAGACAUUGCAGCUGCCGAACGAAAAUUAUUCGAGGCCGAGUUCGAAUUCUGGGCUGACGCCUUGGAAAAUAACGACUCCCCCGGAAGAUACGACGAUAUUGACGUGUCGGAAAUGAUUAAAGCAGGAGAGUUCCGGCCGCCCAUCCCACCAUCAUCUUCACAACCAGUCCCACGAGGUCUUAAAGUGGACGUUCCUUUGCUUGUCUGCAGCGAUGAUGACCUCAACAACGUCUUGGAGCCUGAGAGAGCUCUCAAGCCCGACGACUUGGUAGAGGCAAAGGAGCUGAUAGCGAGCAGCGAUACGCUCUCUGGUUCAGAUGGCCCGACGGGUCAACUCGUGACGGCUUUUCAGAAAAGCGCAAUCACCGUGAUGAGGCAUGCGGAACAGGAAAAGCUUCAGCCGCUCGACGCCACUACCAGAGUUCCCGUCCCGGUUUUGGACUUCAGCAUCCCUGUCCCUGAAUGGGAACAGCGCCUCUGGGAAGACAAAACAAUGUUUCAGUUCCUCCGCGAGAACACCAACGUCAACUGGCAGAGCCCCAAGUGGCCACAGAACAGAACUGCCGAGCAAAAUAUGGUGUGGGUGCCACUGCCCAAUAUAAAAGAGAAGAAGUUGAUGUCAGAUCGCAUCGAAGUCGAGACCGAAGCGCUCGAGCCUUUUCUGAAGAGGGGCCGAGAUUGCGAUAUUCUUACUAGUGUUGACUAUGCCUACAAAGAACCGGGCCCGGUGGUUCUCCGAAUAGGGGAAGAGGGGGAGGAUGACGACGAAGAGUGCUUGGCGCCGUUCCAUUUGUCCGCGCAAACGCCAACAACUACUUCCCAAGGUCAUGAUCGGGGAGAGCCAGCGUCACCUUCUGAAGGGCCGGUGCCAACGCUGCAACACACUCCGCGCGUCAAGGCAGUUGCCACCGCCCCGCCUCCCGCAGACUUGACGUCGCUCUUGAGUGGAAGGAAGCGCUCCAUUGACGAAACCCUUCAUAGGCGGCAGUCCAGCGUGGGCAGAGACGGCCCGGUCGCAGACGCCUCAGAUAUAUCCGCAACGGGCAUCAUCGACACGUCCUUGAUACCGUCGACGAAUGUGUUACGGGGUUUCAUGAGCGAAUACACGGACUUUGCACCGCUCGUAGACAACUUCCUCGAGAUGAACUUCCCGAAGAAGCUAAAGCUUACCCACAGCUCCUUUUCCAACCCACCAGAUACCACACCAUCUUCAUCUCGGUCAAAGGCGGAAGAGGCAGCCAAGCUGAUGCCCCCUCCUCCCAAGCCCAUCCCCGCCCUCGCUCCACCCAUCAACCGCCCUCAAAGCGCCCUCCGGGUCGUCAUAUCCACCACCGUCUCCAAGCCCCUGACCCAACACCUCCAGACCCUCCUCCCCACCAUCGAACUGAUCCCCCGCGACUACAACAAACACCGCCCAACGGGCUGGAUCCCAGGCGCGCGGUCCCCAAACCUCGACGAAGCGGACAUCGUCGCCUCGCCAGCCACCGGCAUCCUGCUCACAACGAUGGUCCAGCUCCGGCAGCGGGCGUUACCGGGCCGGGCAGCGCCACCACCCGUGGGCAACAACAACAACAACGCCAACGCCAACAACAGCGCACCCACAACCAGCUUCUGCCGCGUAGUGAGCAACGUGGCGGUGCGGCACGAGCGCGUGGUGGUGCUCGUGUCGGAGGGCAACAGACACAGCGAGACGGCGGGCCCGCUGUCGCCGUCGGACGCGCGGGCGCUGGCCGAGUUCCAGGGGUUUGCGGCGGGACUGGCGGCGACGACGGCCGAGGUGCGCGUGGUCUAUGUCGGCGGCGGGGUGGAGACGCUGGCGAGGUGGGUGGCGGCUGUGGUUUGUGAGUGUGUGAGCGGGGAAGCGGAGGGGGUGCGGGAGAUGUUGCUGCCGGUAGAAACGUUCUGGGAGGUGUUUCUACGGCGGGCGGGGAUGAAUGUCUUUGCGGCGCAGGUGGUGCUGGGGACCCUGAAGGUGCCAGACGGGAGGCCGGCUGUUGGGGGUGGGGAUGGGCAGGUGUUUGGGCUGCCGUGUUUUGUGACGAUGGCAAGGGAGCGGAGGGUUGAGCUGUUUGGGGAGCUGUUGGGUGGUCGGAGGGUGCUCGACCGUGUGAGUGACGUGCUUGACGAGCCUUGGGGGCAGAGGGUAGUUGAUGAAUGCGGUUCUGAUUUUAGGGUGGCGCCCGCGUGGGGAGGGUUUUAA